UCUGCUCUUUGUCACGCAGAUAGAAUCCAACAUGAGCGACAUGCUGAAAAUUCAGGCUGAUCAGGUCGUUGACCUCAAAGAAUGGGAGCAACGCUGGGAGGAAAACCAAAUUAGCUUUCAUAAGCCACAAGUACACGAGAUGCUGGAAAGUCAUAUUGACAAAGUUUUGGCUGGGCGAACAGGAGUUCGCUUCUUCUUUCCUCUGUGUGGGAAAGCUGUGGAUAUGAAGUGGCUAGCAGACAUGGGGCAUUCAGUGGUAGGAGUGGAAAUCGCAGAAAAAGCCAUUCAACAAUUCUUUAUGGAGAACAACAUGACAUACAGUGAGGAAGCUGUCCCUGCUAUGCCUGGAGUAAAGGUUUUCAGGAACUCCGAGAAAAACAUCUCCGUGUAUAACUGCGAUCUGUACAGCGUGUCUAGUUCAGUUGUAGGUCAGUUCGGGGCUAUUUGGGACAGAGGAUCUCUCGUGGCCAUCAACCCAAGAGACAGAGAAAAAUAUGCGUCUCUCAUUAUGUCUUUGAUGGCCCAGGACUGCAAAUACCUUUUGUCCACAUUGAUGUACAAUCCUGAACUUUAUAAAGGCCCUCCUUUUGUUGUACCUGGUGAGCAAGUACUUGGACUUUUCGGAAAACAGUGCAAUGUAGAGCUUCUCCUAUCACAGAACGCCCUUGAAAACAUACACGUGGCUUUGGGCUUGGACUACCGUCUUGAGCAACUUUAUCUCAUCACUCCAAAGAUUAGUUAAAGAUGGAUGAAUUAGCAAUGAUUAAAAAAAAAAAAAAUCCAUGAAUGCAUUGAUUGAUAAAAUACUUGAUCAGUAUUGUAUUAUUUUUCAUGGAAAUCAAGUAUCUUAUUUCAGCAUACAACAUGGCAUGUUAACACUGUACACAUCAAGUUAAAUACGUUGAUAUGUGAAUAAAGUCUAUCUCAUCUA